GAAGACAUUUGAAAGGGCAAUUGGGGUACACAGUUAUAUUUAUAAUCGUCCAUCUUUGUUGAAUAUGAUGAGGAGUUUCACUCAAUUGAAGGAGUUAGUCAAGCCUACUAAAACCCGGUUUGCAACAGCUUUCUUAACUUUGCAAAGGCUUUAUCAACAAAGGGAUAAUUUGAGGAAGACGUUCACUUCGAAGGAGUCGACCAAAAGCAAAUGGGUGAAGGAGCCAUAGGGUAAGAAGACAGUUCAAAUAAUGCCAAUGCCUUCAUUUUGGAAUCAUGUUCACCUUGUCCUUCAAUUUUCUUGUCCUCUUGUUCAUGUACUAAGAAUGGUUGAUGGUGAAGAAAAGCCUCCAAUGGGAUAUAUUUACGAGGCUAUGGAUAGGGCUAAAGAAGCUAUUGCAAAUGCAUUCGAUGGAAAGGAAGAGAAGUAUAAAGAGAUCUUUGAAAUCAUUGAUCAAAGGUGGGACAUUCAAUUGCAUCACCCUUUGCAUGCUGCUGGGUUUUAUUUAAAUCCUAGUUUGUUUUACAAAGAUCCAAAUGCUGCAAAGGACAAAGAAAUCAUGACAGGCCUAUAUCAAUGUAUAUCAAGGUUGAUCCCAACACUAGAGGUCCAAGAUAAAGUUUGUGCAGAAUUAACUAAGUAUGAGAAGGCUGAAGGACUUUUUCAGAUUCCUAUGGCAAUUAGACAAAGAAGUACAAGGGUACCAGCUGAUUGGUGGAGUUCUUUUGGUCAUGAAACUCCUGAUUUGCAAAAAUUUGCCAUCAAAGUACUUAGUCUUACUUGUAGUUCAUCUGGAUGUGAGAGAAAUUGGAGUGUGUUUGAACAUCUUCACAGCAAAAAAAGAAAUAGGCUUGCUCAAAAACGUCUCAAUGAUUUGGUGUUUGUGAAGUAUAAUAGAGCAUUGAAGCGUCGAUACAUGAAACGUGCCAAUAUUGAUCCCAUCUCUUUGAAAGAUAUUGAUGAGAGCAAUGAAUGGUUGAUUGGGAGGAUGGAGAAUGAGCUUGUAUUUGAUGAUGAUUAUUUGGGGUGGGAUGAUGUUGCUGUAGCUGCUGGAGUUGAGGAGAGUAACCAAAGAACUAGAUCAAGCACAACUAGGACAACACACCAAGAACUUGUAGAUGAAGAAGAUGAAUGGGAAGAUGAAGAUGAGGCUGAAGAGGAGGAUGUGGAUGGAUACAAAUCCAAUGAUGAUGAUGAUGGAGGAGAUGAAGUUCUUCAUGUUGAUGAUGAUGUCUAUUAAGUUUUGAGUACAAUUAUGCAACUAUAG